CCUGCCACGCAAAACCACGGUGCACGGUCCCCAGCGGCUGUGGCAGCGCUGACAGCAGCCCGUGCGCUGGAUCCCCGCGGCGCCCAGCCUCCAGCAUCCCGCAUCCUGCAUUCGCCACGCUCUCCGAGUCCCCGCUAGCGCUAGUACCCACCAUGGGGAAGCCCACGAGCUCUGGAUGGGACUGGCGCCGCUUCCUGCGGAAUCACUGGCUGCUGCUCUCCACCGUGGCAGCCGUGGUGCUAGGCAUUGUCAUAGGAGUCUUGGUUCGUGAACACAGUGAGCUCUCAAGUCUGGAUAAAUUCUACUUUGCUUUUCCUGGAGAAAUUCUAAUGAGGAUGCUGAAGCUUGUCAUUUUGCCACUGAUUAUAUCCAGCAUGAUCACAGGUGUUGCUGCCCUGGAUUCCAACGUCUCUGGAAAGAUUGGGCUGCGUGCUGUCGUGUAUUACUUCUGCACCACCCUCAUUGCUGUGAUCAUCGGUAUCGUGCUGGUUGUGAGCAUCAAGCCCGGUGUCACUCAGACAGUGAGUGACAUCGACAGGACAGGCGAAAGCGCUGAGGUCAGCACAGUGGAUGCCAUGUUGGACCUGAUCAGGAACAUGUUCCCUGAGAACCUGGUUCAAGCCUGUUUUCAGCAGUACAAAACCAUGCGUGAAGAAGUGAAGCCUGUCAGUGAUCCUGGGGGGAACGCGACAGAGGUGUCUGUCACCGCCGCCAUGACAACAAUAUCUAAGAAUCAGACAAAGGAAUACAAAAUCGUGGGCCUGUACUCAGAUGGCAUCAAUGUCCUCGGCUUGAUUAUCUUUUGCCUCGUCUUCGGACUUGUCAUUGGAAAGAUGGGAGAAAAGGGGCAGAUUCUCGUGGAUUUCUUCAAUGCAUUGAAUGAGGCGACCAUGAAAAUUGUCCAGAUCAUCAUGUGUUACAUGCCCAUUGGCAUUUUGUUCCUAAUUGCUGGGAAGAUCAUUGAAGUUGAAGACUGGGAAAUAUUCCGCAAGUUGGGCCUUUACAUGGCCACUGUCCUGAGUGGCCUUGCAAUCCACUGCAUUGUAGUACUGCCCCUGAUCUAUUUCAUAAUCGUGCGGAAGAACCCUUUCCGAUUCGCGCUGGGCAUGUCGCAGGCUCUCCUGACAGCACUCAUGAUAUCUUCCAGUUCAGCAACCCUACCAGUUACUUUCCGCUGUGCAGAGGAGAAGAACAAGGUGGACAAGAGGAUCACAAGAUUCGUGCUGCCCGUUGGUGCCACCAUCAACAUGGACGGCACCGCGCUCUAUGAGGCCGUGGCGGCUGUGUUCAUUGCACAGAUGAAUGGCUUCGACUUGAGCGUUGGGCAGAUCAUCACCAUCAGUAUCACAGCCACCGCUGCCAGCAUUGGAGCUGCUGGCGUGCCCCAAGCUGGCAUGGUGACCAUGGUGAUCGUGCUGAGUGCGGUAGGCCUGCCUGCUGAGGAUGUCACCCUCAUCAUCGCUGUGGACUGGCUCCUGGACCGGUUCAGGACGAUGGUGAAUGUUCUGGGUGACGCAUUUGGAACUGGCAUCGUGGAGAAGCUCUCCAAGAAGGAGCUAGAGCAGAUGGAUGUUUCAUCUGAAGUCAACAUCGUAAACCCCUUCGCCUUGGAACCCGCAAUCCUCGACAGUGAAGACUCAGAUACCAAGAAGUCCUAUGUCAAUGGCGGCUUUGCAGUGGACAAAUCCGACACCAUCUCAUUCACUCAGACCUCACAGUUCUAGAGGCUCCAGAUGGCUGGGAUGAGGACAGACAACUCCACGGGAGCCAUCUCUUAGCAAACUCCAACACUGAGGAAUGAGAGAAACACUAAGAAUCAACUGUACAUUUAGUUUGAUAAACAGACCUCCAGAUUAUUUUCUAUAUUUGGCGUUAGAGCCUUUGUUCUCUGGGUUUGGGAAUUGGGGGUGGGGUAGAAUGAAGGGAAAUGAAGAAAACUGUGUUAUCUGGAUUUUCUAAUUCUAUAAAACCAAGUGUGGACGUAUAUGGAAGAGUUAGCUGUUGGCACUAGGUAAUGGACGUGGGAGAGAAAUUGCUUUCUCAUGCAUAGACCAGUGUUUGGGGGUUUUUAAACAAUAUUAUUAUUGGCUACAAAUUUUUACUCAGACUUUCUAUUGGCGUGACUUCCUCUGCCGUCUCUCUUUUUAUAGAUUACGAUGCAUCUCAACAGCCCCACCGUGUUAAAGUGCCAAAUUCUCCAUUUUGACCUCAUCUUCAGCCACUCUCAACCUACUCUUUAAAAAAAAAAAAAGGAUCAGCAUAGUUCUGCAAUAAUAGUUUUAAGAUAGUUGUGGGGUUUAGGGGAAGGGAGAGGGUUUUUAUUCCAUGUACUGUAUUGGGAUGCUGGCAGCUGUCUAGCCAGUGUUCGGCAUAGAACUAUAUGUAUAUGUGUGUAUAUUUAUUAUUUUCAUAUAAUUCGCAAGACAGAGAUCAGUAAGGAACUAUCAAUGUGAAAUAUGAUGCUCUCCUUGUACUUGAAUCAAAACUGCAAUUCCAAGCCAGGCAGCAUGGGUGCACACCUUUAAUCCCAGCACUCGGGAAACAGAGACAAGCGGAUCUCUGUGAGUUCAAGACCAGCCUGGCCCACAAAGAGAGUUCGAGGACUACCAGGAAUGUUACGCAGAGAAACUCUGUCUCAAAAAAACCAACCCACCAACCAAGCAAACAAAGCCUGCAAUUCCAGCUGAGGUGUACUUCGGAGUUCACCAGAAGGUUGUCAAGAGCUCUAGGAUGAGAACUCAAGCUGUUGGGUUACUGGGUUUCAGCCCUAAAACAGAAAUGUAUUGUGGUGAAACUCUAUGGUGGCACAGCCCAUCAUUUACAACUUCCAGGUUCAAGCUCCCUCCAGGGGAGGCGCCCCCUGUAGGCAUUGAAUAAAUGCAUUGACAAAGGCAGCUCUCCCAAAGGCUGGAUAUGCCCAGAUCCAAACAGAAGGCUUCAAGUACACUCAGGCCCACUUCACAAGGCUGCUACUUCACUACCCUUGGUUCUCUCUGCCCACUAGUGCAGAAACAACAUUGGCAAGCCACCACCAAGUUGCAUUUCAAAAUGGGCUGCCUAAAUGGAAUAAGUCAUGUUGCACACACACACACACACAUACACACACACACAUUUCACAUUGCAUAUAUAUUACUGUUUGGUUUUUUUUUUUUUGAGAGAGGGUCUUUCUACAUAGGACUGGCUGUCAUGGAACUCACGAUGUAGAUUAGGUUGGCCCAACUCAUAAAGAUUCUCCUGCCUCUGCCUCCCUAGUAUGGGGCUGAAAAGUAUGUGCCAUCAUGGCCAACUCUAUAUGUAUUCUUACAGAAUAAACCCAGGCCAUGAGCUACUGGUACCAGUGGUUCAGGGAAAACGCUUCAUUUCCUUCUGCCUCCUCCUUCAGAAAGAAUCGUUUGGAGAAUCUUGGCCUUGCUACUUCGAAUCCUCUGCUGUCUUUCUCCUGCUCAUGUCUGAAGAUAGCUUAUUAAAAGUCUACACUUCUGCCCCCAUCUUGUAAAUAAAGCUCAACAAAAACUUGUACUUAACAUGGAGAUAGAUUCUUAUCAACAGUGUUUUCUGUAGUAUCAUUAGCCACCUUAAACCUGUGCUUUUAUAUUUACGAAGUCAGAAAUUGUGCCAAAGAUAGCAGGGGGGUAAAUGAAUGCUCAGUGUCGGCCACCUGCACCUGAAAGCUACAAGAAAAUGACACUAAGUUACCGACUAAACAUCACAGUGGCCCAUGACUCUGAAAUUGGAAGUACAAAUGUCGGUAUUCUUUAUAGGACAUAAAUCUAAAUGAAGUUGAACGACUAUUUUAUUUAGGAGUAAAUGGGUCUAGCCCCCUUAUCAGGUGGCUCUCAUUAGUGACACUAGAGUUGGCAGAGCUGUCCCCAAAUUCACUGGGUUCACCCUUGUAAACCAGCCACUUACCACACUGUGCUGUUAACUCGUGAAAGAGGACAUGUUCCAUUUCCUUCUCAAUAAACAUUUCUCACACUUUGUCCCCUUA